UACAGGGUAUAGUAAUGAUUAAUGUUUAUUAUGAGGCAGUUAUGUACUUACAACGUCAACGUUUCACCCUUUUCUCUGGCAGCUUCGCCGUACUUCUUGAUACGAAUGGCUUGGAUGGCAAUGAAUCCAGUGGUAUCUUCUGGAGAGAAUCCAGUCAACUCAUCCAUAGAAGACUCAGUGGCAUCGUAUAACUUUUCGGUGUCAGAAGAUCUACCCAAGAUUUGUAAAGAACCCUUGUAACAGCUGGCUCUGACAACACCAUUAACGGUCUUUUGGGAAGGAGCAAUCAUUGCACGAAUGUAUUCACCUUCAGGAGUGAAGUACAUACCGUUGUACAAGAUUUUAGCAUAAGAAAUGGUGACAAAUUGAUCUCUCAAAGCACGGACUUCUCUGUCCAAGGUCAAACCUUCAAUAUCAAUGUGAGCAGUUCUCAAGAGAGUAAGGCCGGGGGUUUCGUAACAACCUCUGGAUUUAAUACCAAUAAAUCUGUUUUCGACAAUAUCGAUUCUACCAACUCCGUUUCUUCUGGCAAGAGCAUUGGCUUCAAGGAAGAUUUCCACUGGGUCAGUAAACACCUUCUUUCCCACCACCAACUUGACGGGUAAACCUUUGUCAAACACCACGCUGAAGGUUUCUGGGGUGUCUGGAGCAUCCGUUGGAUCCACAGUCAACUUCCACAUAUCUUUUGGAGGAGUGGUGUCGGGGUCCUCAAGAAUACCGGCUUCAAAUGAGAUGUGAGCCAAGUUCUCGUCGGUAGACCAAGGUUUGGCCUUGGUCUGGGCAACCGGGAUUCCCUUCUCGGAAGCAUAUUCCAAUAAGUCAUUUCUACCAGCAAAUCUGUUGAAAAAUUCAGGGUCUCUCCAUGGAGCAAUGACCUUGAUGUCAGGCUUCAAGGCGUAGAACGACAAUUCGAAUCUGACCUGAUCAUUACCCUUACCGGUACACCCGUGAGAAACAGCGAUACAUCCUUCUUGUUCAGCCACUUGAAUUUGGGCCUGAGCAAUUACUGGACGAGCCAAUGAGGUUCCCAAAAGAUAGACGUUUUCGUAGACGGCGUUGGCUUGAAUGGCAGGGAAACAUACGUCCUUGACGAAUUGUUCUCUGACAUCAACACAAAUAAACUUGGUAGCACCAAUGGCCAAGGCUUUCUUUUCAGCUUCUUCAAAGUCUUCUUCUUGACCGAUAUUUGCCAAAAACGCAACCACUUCGUAACCUUCUUCCAAUAACCAGGCCAAAAUGACCGAGGAGGAGCAGUAUAGACGACUCGGAGUCACGCAUGCCAUUCGAGAUAAACUCGAUUUCCACGACGAACGGCGCUGGAAGCGGUUUUCUGCCCGCAGGCUAGAGCUCAUUGACACUUUGGACUUAAGUUCUAAAAAGGCUUCCGAACAAGAGGCCAACAUCACCAAGGUGGCGGAGGCGCUCCGUAUCGAGUUUGAGUACCUGCUGGAGUACUUUGACGAGUUCGACCGGCUUGUACGAGCGGCCAUUCAAAGUGUCCGUCGAAACCGGAAACGAUCCUCCAAGUCAAAGAGAAGUCAAGAUAAACUAGCGGGGAAAAUCGCCAAGGUCAAGCACGAGUCAUUCGAUGGUGGCUCCAGUAAUACUGACAGUUUCAACAGUGCACAAGACGAUAACGAAUUUGUGUCGGAGUAUACCAAGUUCAACUCGGACUCGCAGGACGAUACCAACGAAUACUCAAAAAGCAAACACAUAUCCAACUACGACCAGUCCCGUGCCGCCAUUGUGUCGAUGGUGCAACCACGGGUGGGACGUCAAAACUCGAAUUUUCUCGGGGCCAAGCUCCCAUCAUUCGAGAGUCUUUCUGCCGUCAGCUCGCUAGCACAAAUCUCCUCCAAGAAAGCGGUGCUCUUGAACUAUAUCGAACGGUCCAAGUCGUGCGCCGAAGCCACCGUCAAGAAGACCGCCAACCUCGAGUUUUUGGGUAGGGGCAUCAUCAUUGCCAGCGUGGGCUACGUAUUUGAACGAUCUUUUGCAUCCACCAACGAGAAGUCCCUCGACUACCUCCGUGGAAAACUCGUUCAGGAACUGUACUUGGCCGACUUCUUCCGCAACUUGGAGACUCUUCCCAACAAGGAUGUACUGCUUAACGACGAAGCAGCAGUAACAACCCUAUACGCUCUUUUGGGAGGGUGUAUCAAAGACUUCGGAUUCGAGGCCAUUAUGUUCCCGUUGUGCGAGCUCUUGUACUGGAAUAUCAUCCGGGAGUAUCCCUUGAUCGCCCAGAGCUCAGUGCCGUUCAGAAGCACCGAUAGUAUGGGACCCACAUCGCAGCCGUCUCCUGAGAUCCAGAAAUCCGAUUCGUUUCUUCAGCUCGAGUCUCUCGCGGCCGUGGCAUCACAGGUCCGCAAACAGGAGCAGGUCCCCCCUGCUCUCCGAUCGCUUUCGGUGUCGCCGGUGGCUGGUAAAGUUCAAGGGAAGAAAGCAGUGGCCCUCCGGUUUCUUUCACAAACCCUCAAUUUCACCUUCCCCACCAAAGUAUCGGCCACUCCCAAGCUUGACGAGCUUCUAGAGAAUGCUCGCUCGGCCUUUCACCUUUCUCUGUACGGAGACUCGCAGGUAUUGGGGUUGAAGAACAUGAAGGACGGAUUUAUUCUCAAGUCUGAUGCUGAUGUGGAACGGGUGUUCACCAGCGAAGACCACAUCGAGCUCGAGAUCUUCACCCAGAAGCCCCAGGCGGUGCCGAUCUACGAGAUCACCUCGUUGAACAUUCCCAAUGGCUAUAUAUUACCACCACCGGUUCCGGGUGGUGGUCGCAUCAACCUGAGGUCACCCGAUACAGUGCCCACACUUGCUGGUGGGAGUUUCAAGUUUUUGUCGAACCAGGAUGAUCAUCCGCCACCACAUAUACCCCCGGUGCCGAUUCUUCCCAAGUUCCAGCCGUUAUUAUAACCUUUAUUAUGUACUCUAUUGGAUAAUUAGCAGCCAAUUUAAA